AUGCUCGUGAAAAAUGGCCUGACUGUAAAUCCAUUCAAGCAAUUCGGGACCAGGCCAACUGUGGCCGUUGCAGCUGCAUCUGUGAUGAGCGAUCGAUAUUGUAUCGCUUCCCAAGGCAAAAAACAACCGUACGUUUCCGAUGCGUACUUGCUGUCAUGCUGCAAGCAGUGCGGCUCUGGUUGUCAAGGUGGAUCGUCCUUUGCCGCUCUAGGAUUCUGGCAGAGUGGAAUACCAACAGGCGGAAUGUAUGGAAUGCAAGACUGUUGCCAACCGUAUCCAUUUAACUGUGCGCAUUGUCCAUCGGCGACAACGCCGAAAUGCAGCAAGGAAUGUAUACCUUCAUAUCGUCAAAGUUUUAACAGCAGUCUUACAUAUGGACAUGACGCUUACAAAAUACUAGGAGAAGAAAAUGCACAAAGAGAAAUAUUCGAGAAUGGACCAGUAGUUGGCAGGAUGGUAGUGUUUGAGGAUCUGUACAUAUAUGUCGAUGGUAACAAUGAUGCCAGGAAUCGGGUUUACGAGCAUGAGUGGGGCAAGGCGAUGAACCAACACGCUGUGCGUAUAAUCGGAUGGGGUGAAGAGGAUGGUACGCCCUACUGGCUAGUUGCCAAUUCUUGGGGUGAAAAUACUCAAGACGAGGGUACCUUCAAGAUAAUUCGUGGCCGAAACGAGUGUGGCAUUGAAGGUUAUAUGGCAGCUGUGAAACCGAAAUUGGAAUGA